AGAAUUCCGAGUUGAAUGACCGUUCAAAUAGAUUUUUCCCAAUCGGAGCUCGUUUUUUUCCGAGUUCCCAGUUGUUUUGAACGCACUGAAGUCGUAAUUCCGAUUUUCCCAGUUCUCAGUUGUUUCGAUCGUGGCAUUAGUCUCAGAAAUAUCUCGUCAUAGCACGGACAGCAACAACAAACAUGGAAGAAUAUGCCCGGGAACCUUCGUGAAGUACAUUUCAGACAGACAAUUAAGUAGACAGUUGUCAAUAUUGGUGCCAUCUCUCUUUAGCCAACAUACUUUUCUCCUUUAUCAUAAUGGUUAUUCUGCCAUUUAUGUCCGAGUCAUUACGCAAAUGAUGGUUGAAUUAUAGCUAACUAGCAGACUAAACUCCACUCCAUCCAUGGUGAAGGAAGUUUUUGACGAAGGUCCUUCACCAUGGAGUGGAGUUUAGUCCGCUAGCAGUAAGUUAUCGUUAGCUAGCUUGCUAAACAAGUUGCGUAACAUAGCUACAUCUAGCCAGGCAUAGCUAGCUCGCUAGACAUUGUCUAAGGAUGUGGAAGUUUUAGGUACAAACUAAUAUUACUAUUAACUAGUAUUAGGUAGAUGGUUAUAGUAAUGUAAAGACCUUGAUAGAUCAUACAUGAAAGAAUGUCCACAACAGAGGAUCGCAUUUUCAAAUUGAACGUUUUAUUAACCAGAACUCACACAGGCUACUGUUUGCCCUCUGCUGUUCCACCAACCUCUGCUUGUAAGAUAUGUAAGAUGAAGCAUAAGAUGUAAGAUGCCUGGUACUGAAACAUUCCAGGUAUUCCUUUGAUUGGCAGACAGCAAGGGGGACUGGUAUGCUGGAUCCGCCAAACCCAGAUCAAACUGAUAAACGUGCCCUGAUAACCACACAUUAGAACACAGGCACAUAACUGUCCAAGCGGGUCGCUACAGUAUAUUAGUCCCUGGAGAAUAGUAGAUGACUGUGGUGGUGCGUUCACCAUGGGGGCCAUCGGCAGAGGGGUGUUCCAGUCAGUCAAGGGCUUUCGGAAUGCUCCUGUGGGCUUUCGGCACAGACUAAGAGGUAGCGCCAAUGCUGUGAGAUGAAGAGCUCCACAGAUCGGCGGCAAGGGUCACUGUCUUUACAGUAGUUCUCUCUUGUACUGCACACAGUACAAACACCAUUCAUCAUCACGAAUGCUGGCCAUCCCGUCGUCAGUCAGCUGGUUAUGAUGGUAGCUUUGCUGUUUGGGGUGGACUCUUCUCUACAAUCGACUGUGGCCUGGUCCGUAUUCGAGGGAAAGAGGACCCCUGGAACUCUAUAACUAGUGGGGCGAUGACUGGGGCAGUCCUGGCUGCACGCAGUGGGCCUUUGGCUAUGGUGGGGUCGGCCAUGAUGGGGGGCAUUCUGUUGGCCUUGAUCGAGGGCUUUGGGAUCCUUCUCACCAGAUACACCGCACAGCAGUUUCAGAACCCGAGUCCCUUUGUGGAUGAUCCCAGCCAGCUUCCUCCUAAGGAUGCCAGCCAACAGCAGACUGGGUCCCAGGAGGUUCCAUGGAGCUGCCUGGCCUAGCUACAGCCCUGCGUACUGUGACUGACAAUCUCAGACUAGAGAGGAGAGGGGUGCUCUGAAACCUGACCUCACUGGUGUAAGCAACCUCACCCUGAACCAGCCUCCAUCCUCCCAAUGGUCAUAAGAACAUAGAUGCACUUUAUUAUUAUUAUUCCUCAGGGGUAGAUUACAGGUUAUUUGAGUAAUUUGUUUAUGAAUAUGUUUGUGUAUACUGGUUCACCACUGUUCCUUCUGACUGGUCCUGAAUUAUACCCACCUUUUAUCAGAUUCAUUUAUGCACAAAACCAGCAUUUUGUGGUGACUAAGACUUUUGGUGCUGAAUAACCGCAGUUACAGAAAUAGAAUGGGUAGCUAAACAUGAAUAGGCAUUAAUACAGGUAUGUGUGAGUAUGUAAUGACUGUAUUUAGGAUUAGAAUUGAGUGUCAGGGGUGACAAAAUCAAUGCUGUUCAAAACUGAUGUAAUUGAUUUUGCUUGUAAAAUGUAAUGCACUGAGGGAGGAGAACUGCAGUAUCAUUCCAUUUCCUCUCCUCAUGGCAGCUUUCAUAACCGUGAGGCUUAUUAUAACGGUAGGGAUUCAGGGUCACAUCACAAACACACUUAUCUUUUGAUUCCAUUUGCAAACUCAGAAGGCAGGAAUGGAAGGCCGUGUCCAUAUGCUCAUGUGUUCUGCUCCGCUGUUUACCUCGCUCCCUUUAUUGCUACUAUGCCAUGCAUUCCCACACAUUUGCAUUCCCACACAUUUCCAAAGCCUAAGAACUAUAAGGUCUAUCCACUUUGUUGAACCAGAGCACUUUCCUACUCCAUCUCUUUAUUUGUUAUUAUGGUCAUAAAACUUGAGAUGGAGAAGGUUUUUGACACAAUUAGAUAUUAUUUUGUCAUUCAAAACAUGUGACAUGUAAUGUAUAGAAUGCUGUACCAUAUUUGUUGAUUUUAAUUUAUUUAUGAUGCAGAAAAAUAAGUGUUAGCAGUGUAAUUGACUGGGAAAAAAAUAAUUACAUUGUUGAUUCUGUAUGGCUUAUUAUCCAUCCCCUCUGAUGCAAUCAAGUACGCAGCAAUAUGGGGGCAGUUGAUUAUCCUAAGCAAGUCCGCAAACCGAACACGCCCCCUACCAUGCUUUGAAUUAUGGGAGAUGUGGUCUGUUAUUUGAUUGAAUAUGGAAAAAAUGGACGUGCAGCCGCCGCCUAUCCGAACCUUAGAUGAUUUUGUUUUGAGCUCGGCUCAGUUCGCCGUGCCAGAUAUUCGUAAUCUGGAGAGAUGGAACAAUCGGAUCAUAAACAACUUGCUUUAUUACCAGUCCAACUAUUUCGUUUCGUUUUUGACCAUCCUGGGAAUAGUGGGUUAUUUCCAGCCCUUCAACCUCUUCUUGGGGGCCACAGUUGUGACAUUGAUAUUCAUGGGGUUUGUAUGGGCAGCAGAGAACCAGGCCCCCAUCAGACGGUUCCGCCGGAACCACCCGUCCCUGGCCCUGGGUGCCAUUCUGGGGGCCAGCUACCUCUUCCUCACAGUGCUUGGGGGAGUGGCCGUCUUCCUCUUUGGCAUAGCCUUUCCCAUCUUAUUGAUAUUGAUCCACGCCUCUGUUAGAAUGCGGAGCCUCAAGAACAAGUUGGAGAACAAGCUGGAGAGCAUUGGUUUGAAGAGAACACCUAUGGGGCUCCUAUUGGAGUCACUAGGACAGGAACAGGAAGCUGGAUCUUAGAGGGGGAGGAGAGGAGGAAAAAAGGAGAUAUGUGCCCUGUUCUAUUUCAGUCUCUUGCUCCUUUGGUAUGCCCAAAUCUGAAAGGAAUGGAUGAAGCAAUAUGGUGAUGAAGCUAAACUCCAUCAUAUAUCCUGUCCUGCCCAGAUAUGUAAUCACAGGGGUAGGUGCCAGAGACUUAAAUGGAAUGAGGCUUCUCAUACUGAGAGUGCACGAAAAGUAGAGGAAGAGAGGAGGGAAGUAAAGCAAAGGUGCAAUGAUUGUUAUGAUUUCGCAGUGUCACAAAGGUGUUGUAACAGAUUGCAAAUUCUGUGGAAUCUAUUUGGCCUAUGUAAUGCACACACUAACUGAUGUGGGUUCUUCCACCGCGAUGUAAGUCAUUUUGCACCCCUUGACAAGUUCCUGAUAUAGAGUUUACAUUGUAUCGUCAGAAAAAGACAUUGUGCGCUGAAAAUCUGCGCUGAGAAGUAAACGUGGCCUCCUAACAGACGUGUGUUGUAAGUGCUACAAUAAGAUGGUUUUUAAAAUGCAAUUUAACACCAGUGUUAUGGUUACAAAAAAUGAUUUUACAUAGAAACCUAAAGGUGUUUGAUGAGUCACUACUCUGUGACUCCUGACCACACUGCUUUUUGUGUUAUUGUACAUCUUCUGCUAUUGUUGGGUUUUGCAAUUUAAUGCAGUUGAAAGUUUAAAUGUGUUUUGGGAUGGAAGGGCAACAGUGGAUCAUCUGUAUGCUUUGAAUAGAAAUAUAAUUAAUUCUACUUCUAUGAUUGUAUUAUUCCAAGAAUGUUUACCGGGAUUAUUUAUGCCUCUGUCCACGCAUUAUUUGGUGCCAAGAACAUUAAUGUCAGUCUGCCUUCAUUGUUUAAAAUUCUAUUCAAUUGAGAAUAUUUUAUAUUUCUUUGAUCAUUGCCUUCUAUGGACUUAAUGUGUGCUUUUUUUUACAAUGCUGUCAACAUGUAUUUACACUUAAUUUACUAAAUAAUAUACCUUA